AUGAUAUCGAUAGAAUACAGACUUAUAAGUAAGAAAGGUGAGGGUACUUUUUCAGAGGUAUUAAAAGCCUAAUCAAUCAAAACUGGGAAGUAUGUUGCCAUUAAAUGCAUGAAGGCUCAUUUUUACGAUAUUGAUCAGGUUAACAAAUUAAGGGAAAUUCAGGCACUUAAAAGACUCUCUCCUCAUCCAAAUAUAAUAACAUUGCAUGAAGUAUUAUACGAUGAGCCGACAGGCAGAUUAGCUCUGGUAUUCGAAUUGAUGGAUAUGAAUAUGUAUGAGGCUAUUAAAGGACGUCGAAAUUAUUUACCAGAGUAAAGAGUUAAAUUCUAUAUGUAUCAGGUGCUUAAAUCUAUUGAUCAUAUGCAUAAAAAUGGAAUUUAUCAUAGAGAUAUUAAACCUGAAAAUAUCUUGAUAAAGGAUGAUUAAGUAAAGCUAGCUGAUUUUGGAUCCUGUAGAGGUGUUUACUCUUAACCCCCAUUCACUGAAUACAUUUCUACGAGAUGGUAUAGACCACCAGAAUGCCUUUUGACAGACGGUUACUACAAUCACAAGAUGGAUUAUUGGGGUGUGGGUUGUGUAUUUUUUGAAAUGCUCGCACUAUUUCCUUUAUUCCCAGGCAACAAUGAACUGGAUUAAGUUCAUAAAAUUCAUAAUAUUCUUGGAACUCCAACUCAAGAUGUAUUAGACAAAUUUUAGAAAUAAGCAAGUCAUAUGGAAUUCAAUUUUCCAAAGAAAGAAGGUACUGGAAUAGCUAAAUUAAUCCCUCAUGUGCAUGUUGAUGUCCAAGACGUUAUAAUAAAGUUACUAGCUUAUAAUGCAGAUAAUAGAAUGACGGCAAGCCAAGCACUUAAGCAUAACUGCUUUAAGGAGUUAAGAGAGGCAGAUAAAUCAAUAGUGGAGCCAAGUCCACAAAAUCCACCCUCACAAAUGGGAAUUAUGGGUUUGACUCAGAGAGGAAAUGAAACAAUGUCACAAAAAGCUUAGAGUGUGAGUGAAGGAAAGUAUCCCUAACAAUAGUAGGAUAAGAAAAUAUCACUCGAUAAAUAUAAGACUAAUAAGUAGAGUAUUCCAGGUCAAGGAAGUGGUACUUUGGCUGACUUGAAGAUAGAGAACUCAAAGAACCAAACUUUUACCUCAGACCUAGAUGAUUAAAACUCAGUCUAAGGACUUAAUAUGAACAGUAAUGGAAUGUAAUAAUUGCCUCCAAUAUUUAUGGGUAAUAAAAAAGGCUAGAAAAAGAAGAAUACUAAUGUUUCCCCACACCCACCUUAAAUCGUUCCAACAAAUCAGAAUAACGUGGUUGCCUAACUUAAUCAAACCAAAAAGAAUUUUCCAGUGCUUAAAAAAAUAACAGAUAAUAGGAAAACUUAUGUGAGCCCGUAUUCUAUGAAAGUUAUCCAUAAAAAUUGA